AAGGCAACAGCUCUCAAUUAAAUUUUGAGAAAUUUCCGAAGAAAAUAUCCAAGCAUGAAUACCAAAAAAUAACUCCCAUUGGAUUCUGAUCACAACUAUAAAGGAAAUUAUAGGAGUUGCUUUAUAAAGAAUCUUAUUGAAUGUAUGACCUUUCCUGAAAGAGGCUGGGAAAAUGGAAGCAUCUCGUCCUAGCAGGCAAGUGGUCUUGUUCUUUAUUUCUCUAUGUAGCUCUGGUAUGUGGUGUGAACCAUUCUGCUAUUCAGUGCCUGAGGAAAAGAAAGCUGGAUCAAUAGUAGCAAAUGUUCUAAAAGAUUUGAAAAUAGAUGUGAAGGAGCUCUCUGCUCGCAGAGCACAGUUGAUUUCUAAGACUUCCGGGCAGAAUUUCCAGCUGGAUCCUCAUUCUGGGAAUAUAAUAUUGAGGGAUAAAAUUGACCGAGAAGCUUUAUGUGGUCUGAGUGAUCCUUGCACUUUAUUCUCUGAAAUUUUGCUGGAAAAUCCUCUUCAAUUCUUCAAAAUUGAAGUUCAGGUAGAAGAUGUCAAUGAUAAUUCCCCUACAUUCUCUAAGAAUCAAUUCCUUUUUGAAAUACCUGAACAGACUCCCAUAAAUGCACAUUUCCCCUUGGAGACAGCACAUGAUUUAGACAAAGGAAAAAAUGCUAUCCGGAACUACAUACUUAGCCCAAACGAAUAUUUUAAGCUGGACGUACAAAGUCAAAAUAAUGGCAAGAAAUAUGCAGAACUGGUUUUGGCAAAACCGUUAGACCGCGAGGUGAUCCCUCAGUUUAUCCUCACUCUGGAAGCUGUGGAUGGAGGG